GCAGUAUCAAACGGUCAUCUUGAAAUCGUCAACCUGCUUCUUGAGAAAGACAUUAAUGUUAACAUAACGCGCAAAAACGGCAAUACCGCGUGCCAUAUUGCUGCAAAAAAUGGCCGUAAUGAUUUUGUGGAACUCCUUCUUAACCGUGGGUUGAACACUCAGGCCAGAAAUCUAUCCGGUCAGACCAUACUUCAUUUGGCUAUCCAGGGUAGCUGCGAUGUUGCAAUUAUCAAAUUGCUUCUCGAUCGGGGAGUUGAUCUCCAGGCAAGGGAUACAUUUGGCUUAAAUCCUUUAGAAACUGCAUUGGCGGCGGAACAUCUAGAGGCUAUAGAGCUGCUUCUG